AUGGCCUCCACCAGCACCUCCAGAGUAGGCAUUAUAGGCCGCAGAACAUUCUCAACCUCAUCAUCACGACCUGCUCCCCGAAUACGUCGCUGGCAAUGGAACAAACUCGACUCGAAAUUGCAAGAUUCCUUUGUGGAAUACAAAUUUGAUGAUGCAACCUCAUUAGGAUGGCUGAGGUUGUUCAAAAUACGAGAGGCUCAAGAGUUAUUUCGGAAGAUGGAAGUCGACCGGGAAGCGUUGAGAGCGCAGAGUAGACCGUUCAUCCCUCCUCCAAAAGGCGCCAUCCGUCUCACUACCACAAUCGAUCUAUCUGAACCAGACUCUUCUCGACAUAUGCGUCAAGUUCUCAUGGUACCCGUUGAUGGACUACCUCUGAAGGGCUCGGAAGCUACUCAUCGACUGAAACUGAUCGCUGGACCCAGAUGGACACCGCACAGACCAGGAAACGAGAUACCAAGUGAGGGUAAUGAUGAAGUGGAAGGGAAGGAGGGAUGGAUCAAGAUCAGCGAGGAUAGGUUUGAGAGUAUCAAUAUGAAUAGGAAGAGUACGUUGGAUAUGCUUGAAAAACUGGUGGACGCCGCCAACGAUCCCAAUUCCCCUCUUUCCACUUCUAUUCCUCUCGAUACGAGGCAUGUACUUGCCAAGCAAAACAAGGAAAAUGUCUCUCGACGAGCGAAGAUGGAGGUCGUUGGAGGGGUUCGAGGAUUUCCUCGGGAAUGGUUACCUCAAGUACAGUCGACAUGA